CACUAAAAACCCUAAAAAUCUCUCCCCUUUGUUUCGGCCUCCUCCUCCCUUCGCCGAACAGCAGCGCCGCCGCACCCCCUCCCUCUUCCCUCGGCCGGCAGCUCCUCCUCUACCAUGACGGACAGUGAGGUGACAUCUCAAUCCUCCAGCCCAAAACCUCCCCAUCUUGCUUUCUCCGUCUCAAAUGUCAAACUUCAUGUUCCAAUUCAACUCAGUUUUUCUCAACCAAACUAUAAAAGGUGGAGCCGCUUGUUCCUCCUUCUUGCACAGCGAUUCAAUCUCCAUGGCUAUCUCAAAGGCUCUAUUGCUCCCAUCUCCGACGACGACGAUGAAUGGUUCCAACUUGAUGCUAUCCUCCAGGGAUGGAUUCUCUCCACCAUCACAGAUGAGGUGUGUGAUCUCGUUCUCUCUUCUCUCACUACUGCAUCUGCUCUCUGGAAGAUGAUUCAUGAUUUGUUUCACGACAAUAAGCACGCUCGAGCCAUGCAACUCGAGCAUCAAUUUCACACCACCGUCAAAGGAUCUACCCCCAUGGCUGCAUAUUGUCAAGAGCUCAGGAAUAUUGCGGAUUGGUUAGAUGACGUUGAUGCCCCCGUGUCUGAGCACCAACUAAUACUCCAGAUGCUGCGCGGCCUCCCUGACGAUCUCCAAGCCCGAACUUCGUUUCUCCCAUUUCGGGAUCCUCUGCCGAGUUUUCUCCAAGUGCGGUCGGCCCUUCUCCUUCUCGAUCGACAGAGGACUCCACUGGGCGGAACCAGCAGCACGGCGCUGCUGGCAGGUCGGGACGCCGGCAGCGGCAACCAGCACGGCGGCGGUGGCAGCCGUGGCCCUCCUCACGGCGGCAGUGGGGAUCGGUUUUUUGGUGUCAAUUAUGGCGAUGGCUCCUCCUCCGGACAGCGUGGAGGCUAUGGACGCGUACAAGGGCGUGGAAACGACAAUCGGGGACGAUCGUCAGACGGGGACCGUGAUGCAUCGGUCCAAUAAUGUGGGUCCCCUCUACCCUGUAGGCCAACUAGAACCUGCCCAAGCGCAUGUCUCAUCCGUUGAUCAUCAAACUUGGCAUCGUCGUCUCGGACAUCCAAGCCCUGCAGUUUUUCGUGGAGUCUCUCAUAAUUUUUUUAUAUUUACAAAUUGUCAACAAACUCUUUGUCAUGCAUGUCAGUUGGGAAAGCAUGUGUGCCUCCCAUUUACUCUUCCAGUCGUGUUUCUUAUUUUCCGUUUCAACUUUUGCACACAGACUUAUGGCAAUCUCCUGUGCCAAGCAUCACUGGUUUUAAAUUUUAUAUGUUGUUGGAUGAUUUUUCUCAUUAUCUGCGGGUGUUUCCUUUAAGACAUAAAAGUGAUGCUUUUAC